AAGCCGGCCACCGGCGGCGUCAAGAAGCCGCACCGCUACCGGCCCGGCACGGUGGCCCUGCGCGAGAUCCGGCGCUACCAGAAGUCCACCGAGCUGCUGAUCCGCAAGCUGCCGUUCCAGCGGCUGGUGCGCGAGAUCGCGCAGGACUUCAAGACCGACUUGCGCUUCCAGAGCUCGGCCGUGAUGGCCCUGCAGGAGGCGUGCGAGGCCUACCUGGUGGGGCUCUUCGAGGACACCAACCUGUGCGCCAUCCACGCCAAGCGCGUCACCAUCAUGCCCAAGGACAUCCGGUCUCCUACCGGUCAAUGGAGAGCUUCACUGCAGGACAGUCUUCCCCCAUCCGAAGGCUGCCAAGAGUCGCAUCCAGUUUUCCUAACAGUACAUAGGCCCUCCACCACUCUCGAUGUUGCCAAAUGAAUAAAAUACUGGGAUUACAUGGGUAGCUAUGACACCAUUCUGGAGCCUGAAGUCGUCAAGGCUGUUGCCACAGCGUAAUUUGUCACACCUUAACAUAUAAAGAAUGUUUCCUAUAACUAGUGCUAUUGAAAUGUAAAGUGUUGCUAAUCACAAAGGCUGUUCUGCCUUACAGACUUAAAGGUGCGAGUAAGGAAAAUACUAUAAAUAGAGGAUUCUGGUCUGCUUUGACAGAGGGCUGCUUAGAAAUGGAGUGUAGUGUGUGGUGGGCUCCUGACCACCCCUGGCCUCCUCCCAGCGGGCAGGGUUAGGUAUGGAGAAAGGUCGAUUGAUGUGCAUCACACCUAACUUUUGUUGCUUUUGUAAGGAAAUAAGGAAAACCCCUGCCAACGGUUUUUAUUGCCCAAGGCACAGAUUCUUGCCUCCUACUCCCUGUUCACUGAUGAUGUAAUCUCAAAAAGGGGGAAAAAAAGCAUUCUUAGCGGUUUCUUCUUGAAUGCCAUGGACACCUUUGCCUGGUGACAUUUAUGGAAAUCCUUCUCAGAAUAUUUGAAGUGCAUAAAAUGCAAACAUUGCAAGAAAAAAUCCCAUUAGUUAUCAACAAAUUAUUUAAGAAUAAAUUUGCUAGGACUGACAUAUGUGCCUAAACUGUGAACAUAUUACCUAAUACAAUAUUGGUGAGCCCAAGUGCCAUCAGUAAUUAGACAAGUAAAAUAACGGUUCAAGGUAACUUGGCAAUUGUUAUGAGAAAUGAGAUUAUCUGUGAUUUCCAUGGGGUGACAAACUCACAGGGACUAAGGUUGUGGCCUAAAUUCAUUAUAAAGGGAAAUGCUAAAGAUCAGUCAAAAGUAAAUUAUAUUUUUCCCCAUCCCAACUUAUGGGGUUUCUCCUCACUACCACCCCCCAUCCAACCAUGCGCUGACGAUUUUUAUCCUUGGAGGUAUUGUGGCGUAUUUGGACUCCAGGUUAAAAACCCUUAUUCUAAAAUUUGGUUGACCUACCCAUGACUUUUCAACCUAAUUGUAAUUUUUCCCUGAAAGCACCCCUUCCUAUAUGGGAUUUCUUUAACACUUAAAGUCUAUUGUCAUAUUAAUAUUCAUACCCUUUUUCCUAUUUCUUGUACUUAACUACUUUUUUUAAGGUAAAAUAUAACUACUUCUAAUCCUGGUAUACAUACGACUUCUUGGAAUAAAAAUAAAUGCUGACAACAGGAUCUAAUAAUGAUAGGCACUCAGAUGCACCGCCCCCAUAGAAUAUUUGACUUUUUGAUGGGCUUUAUAGAAGCUGUGUAACACAAAUAAUUUUACUCAUUAUUUACGUGUUCUGUCCUUAAAUAUGUCUUCCCAUUAUAGGGAAAGAAAAAUGACUUUUCCUCUACUCUUCUGAGUGUUUGGCUGAGAUCCCUGUAAUAAAAGUUUUCCCAAGAGAAAAACACACAGAAGUUUAUUAACAUUGUUAAACAACAAAAAUUCAACUGAGUAAAUUUAAAGGUCAGAUUGGCUUUAUCCAACGAUUCAUGGAUCAGGCAGCAUCCCAUCCAGCAAUUAAAGGAGUUCUGCUGAGCUAUAGAAAAGAAAAGGCUUUUAAAGGUGGAAAGGCGGCAGAAAAAGGAAAUUAUUAGCAAAGAAUGCACUGUUUCAGGCAAGGUCGUCCUCCUCAAGGGAUUGAACGGGCUGCUGGAUGGAUUAUCUCCCUAGCAGUCUAGGUUAAUUGCACUUGGUGAAAGGUUACAUUCCUGGGGGUGGGCGUGGGAAUCCGGGAGUGAGAUUUAGGAGGAGAUUAGGUGUUAAAGCUUGUUUUGCUGAUGUGGGGUUUAUACAACGGACUCCAUUUGGGGCCUGCUGUCUCCUUUCUAACAUGUGUACCUCGUGUACACAUGGCAGCUACACUGGGGACAACGAGGAACCCCCAAGGUGCCUUAGAAAUACCGCUUAAAUACUGUCUUCAGCUUGUCAGGGAGCAAGAAUUCCUGUCCCCUUCAAGGGUCCUUCUGGCUGGACUAAGAAUCCAAUUGACAUGAGGAAGAUUAACAAGGGAGAAGUCUAAUUUAAUAGCAUCUGUACAGGGAAUCCACACAGACCUGGAAAUUCCAAAGACAGGCAGAAGGCGGCAUCUGUCUCAUUCUGAACUAAGGAAAAGGGGUCUGGGGUUUCGAAGAGAGGAGAUGACCUUCAUGGGGCAAUAAGAAGAGCAGGUGUUUUGUAAUUAGAUGUUUGCCCUGCCAAACAGAUGGGUCACUCAGAUAAACUUUUAUCUCUGUUCAUAAUCCUCUUCUGGGAAAGACCCCAAAUUAGAUUCUUUUAUGCAGUUAAGGGAGGGACAAAAGUUUCUCUCAAGACCACACGGUCUUUAUUGUCUUCAGCUCAGAAUCAUCUCGGCAAAGUGGCACAUUUUUGGGGCAUCCUGCCCUCGGCCCCUAUUAGCCGAAGACAAAAGGUGCCAGGAAGUCAGUUAUGGGAAGGUUACCAGGAAAACAAGAAUAAAGUUUGUUAGGUAGAUUUAAGUUGGCACCUUCUCCAUUGAUAAAGGUUUAAAGCUGUCUACUGGUAUUGCUGGGUGAACUGGGAGACCCUGGGCCCUGAGGUCUGGACUGAACCCGUAUCAAAGAUGUCGCAGAAGGCUCUUGGUCUCCUCAGGAGAAAGAAUUCAAGGGCAGACACAACACAGUGUAUGAGGGUUACAAGCAGGAAAGUUUAUUCAAGCAAAAGUACACUCUCAAGUUGUGAGAGCAUCGUGAGCUCAAGAGAGAACUGUGCGCCCUGGGGGUUGGGUUUCUGUCUCUUACUGACAGUUGUUAACUAGGGGACAGAAUAUCUAUUACUUGGGGAGGGAAGCAGGGCUUCCAGCUUUUUCUUCCCACUUGCUCAGGGCUUUCCCGUCGUGGCGCCGCCACCGUGGGCCUGUCCGGUGGGAUCCGGCCUCUCGUGGACGCUGCCAGGACGGACCCCUGGCCUUCCCCACAGCGGGCCGCGGCCGCCUCCUUGAGGGCCUCCGGGCAUCCCGUCAGGGCCUCCCCAACUGUCUACUCUGACACUGGGAUUAACCUUUGUCCUUCCAGGUAGAGGGAAGGAGGGACAGCUUUGUAAAUCUACUUCCUGACAAAGAGCGUUUCUUCUAUCGGCUUCAUCUCAUAUGCCUUCAGCUCAAAAUCAACCUUAUGCCAGAAUGGAAUAUUUUGGGGUGGACUAUUCUGCUACUUCUCAAUACCUAAUGCUAAUAUUUUGUGCGUAUUAGUACAGUAUUGGGUCUAUUAAUAAAAAAUCUGAAAUCUGCAUU